CGACAACGCUAAGCGGCGGCCCUCAGGCCUAUCCCCGCUGCUGGGGAAACCGGCGAGGAUCUUCAGUCGCUCGGAAGUCAGCCAAGCGCACUCACUGGGAUUAUGGGUCUUCGAGCGGCCCAGGCCGCUUUCGCCGCCUGCUGCGUGGCGCUGGUGGCGUCCGCACCAACAGACUCAGUCUACUACAUCCCAGUCUUCGACACCGAGACCAUAGUGUACCCUGAACUGCAGGAAGUCGACGACAAUUCAGUGCUUCUCCAAAUCACGAACGAAUACGAAGUGAUGCUCCACCAGGACUCGGUGUUGCCUCCGAGGCUUCUGGUCAGAACGUUCAAGGACGGACAGCCCGUAGACACGAUUAUGCGGACCACGAGGAUCGGCAAGAACAUCUUCUCGGAUGAACACGGCGGCGUCAGCGUCAUGAUCCGACGGAACCGCGAUACCAAUCGAACGACCGUGGAAGGAAUUCUUGACAACGACCUGCGCAUCAUUCCGAUGAACGAUAAAGAACGCAAAAACGCGCACAAGGUCUUCCGUGUCAAGGACAAGACCGCUCACGUAUUGGAUUCUAUUCUUAGUAACAACGCAUCGCUAGCUGAGGACGUGGCGUCCAAUGAAGUCACCAAACAAGACCUAACAAACGGAACUUUGAAAGUCCGUCCCGAAGUGGUCAUCAUAUCAGACUCUGUGCACAACCGCAGCUUCAAAACACGUGGCGAUCUCAUCCGUUACAUCGGCAUCUUCAUGAACGCUGUCAACCUCAGAUACGCAACAGCAGCAGGAAUGGACAUCAAGAUGAAACUUACUGCUAUCAUCAUUAGCACACCGGAUCAAGAGACAUACAUCAGGUACGCCGGAAACUACGUCAACGCCGACCAAACCAUUGCCGCGCUGACGCUAAGAUUGGCUUCGGGCUACAUUCCUGGAAACUUCGACAUGGCAUACAUGCUCACAGGGCGAGACAUUGCGCAAGUGACCCCGUCCAACUCUCUCCACGUUGCCGUUGCCGGCGUGGCUUAUAUCGGAGGUGCUUGCACGGCGCAGAGGACUGGUUUGGGCGAAGAUAUACCGGGAACCUACGACGGCGUCCACGUGGCAACGCACGAAAUGGCACACUUAAUGGGGUGUGUUCACGACGGUGAUCCUCCACCGGACUACCUGGCCGACUCCCCUGGUGCCACCGAUUGUCCUUGGGACGACGGCUUCAUCAUGAGCUACAAGGAUGGUGGCCUCAACAAGUACAUGUUCUCUCAGUGCUGCAUCAACCAAAUUGGGCAUUUGCUCAGACGUGGGAGCCACAACUGCCUUUUGGAAGAGUUCAACUAUCCUCUAAGACUAGACAAGCGUCUCCCUGGAGAGCAACUGCAACCGAUCGACUACUGCCGGAUACGAUUUCCUGAAAUACCCUAUGUAUGGACGGACGGAAAUCCGGCGGACUUGCUGCAGUGCAAGAUACGUUGCAGCUAUCCAGUAAAUCCAUAUACGGGUCUCUACGUGUACAGGCAAGCGAACGCACUGGACGGUACGACAUGCGCAGACGGCAAGAAGUGCAUCAACGGCGUGUGUCAAUGAAGUCGUCCAGGAAAUAAUCAAGAGGAGACGUUCGACGAAAUCCUCUCUGUACAGUGUAUAAAACGUCGCGCGGCCGCUGCGUUAUUUAAUUUUGCACUUCGUGCAACAGUACUUAAUAAAUCCUCGCUGUCCUAAA